CGAAAACUCCCCCCUCAGAAGAUAUGUGGAAUGUGCCGUCGCUAUGGCAACUCAACUCUGUCUCCUUUCCCAGCCUGGGUGGGACUGCGGGAAGGCCGCUGAAACGUUUCAGGGUCACUGCAACCCUCCAACCCUCAAUGCUCCUCCCCUAUCCACACUGAGAUGACUUGCGCUGCUUAUCGUGGCUGCAGGAACUGAAGUGGGGAUAGUCCCAACCCACCACCCCACCUAGUGGACACUUAUGUUGUGUUGUCUGAAGUCUGUUGCAUAUCUGUCUGAGGUGUUUUUUUGCAGAGCAAAGCUGCCCUCCUGGUGAAUGGUAACUCUGAAGUGCCUUUUUUUCCCCCUCCACCUGAACCAAUCCUCAUGUAACCCUCUGAUCUCUAUUAAGGUAGCGCGACUCAGGGUUGCAAAUGACCACAGUCACCCAUUAUUUUCAUGUGUCUUGCCCAUGUGUGUCUGAUCUCUGAAUUGUGCGUACUGAAACUCUAAUUUCUCUCUGGGAUCAAUAAAGUAUCUUUGAUUGAUUGAUUGAUUUCCUGUGUGAUUCGUUUUUUAUUUUUGAGUAAGGAUUUCAAAUUUCAGAUCAUUUUCCAUAUCAAUAUCACCAUUUAUCUUCCUAAAAGGAUCCGCUUAAAGUGUUGCACCUGUCAUAAAUGUACCAUACCCCAUACCAUACUAUUUUAUUUGUUAAGCACUUUUAAUGCAAGCCAAGGUGAACAAGUGUGUUUUCAGACGAGAUUUAAAGUAGUAAAAAAAAACAUGUCAAUUACAGGGAGGCCCAUCACUAAUUAAAUGGGUGUUUUCUGUAGGAGACACGCUCGUUGAUGGACGCACAUUGGCAACAAAGCAGGUAGACUUUAACACAAGCCCUAAAACAGGAAACCAGAAAGUCCAGUUCUCGUACUCGUCAUCAUUUAGCAGGAAAACCCUCCAGCUUUCUCAUGCAAGCGUGCUUUAGUCAACGAGAGCAGCGCGAGCAGGAUCUCAGGGCAGAGGUUUCACAAUGUCCAAAAGCCAGAAGAACACAGCAAGUGCAGUGUUUUACAAGCCAACCAUAAGUGCAAAAGAAGUCAGAGCUGGAUACUUGUACAAGUCUCCUCCCCAGAAGCGUCUGAAGCCAGAGAAAUUGUGGAAGAAGCGCUUCUUUGUCCUUUUUAAAAUCAGUGAGCAUGAAUAUCACCUCAGAUACUUCAGGAGCCACAAGGAAAGGGAAAGCUCCAUUGGAGGCAUUGACUUGACUCAAAUCUCCCUGCUGUACGCGAGCCCUCAACAUCACCAGAGGUGGUCGUGGGUGCAGAAGAGCCUCAAAUGCUCCCCCUCCUGUGUGCUUUACAUCAGGGCUGCAGAACGGGACUACUUCCUGGUUGGGGAGAGCAGCGAGGAGGUGGACGGAUGGUUCUCUGACCUAUAUGAGGCCCUUUCUAACCGACCACAUAAAGUCUUCGACUCAGCGGAAAUUAGAAAUGGGCAGCAAGCAGUUGAGACGAUUUCAAACCCUCUUAACAAGCAAAAGACUUCACCAGAUGGGAGUGACAAGGCUCCCCUACCUAUGAGGCGAGCGGACACUCCUGACAGUGGCAAUGAAGGCCAUCUGAUAGUUCCUGUUCUAAAGAUCAGGUCCAUGUCGGAUCCAUCGUCCAACGCUCUGGAGUCUGAGCCUGAAAAACCAAAGGAGGAAGAUUAUAACAAAAGGCGAUUGUCUGAGCCUGUGAACCCGAUCUACGACUACCCCAAAUCUUACCUAAAGUCAAGGGAAAAGUUCAGAGAAAAGGGAGCUGUGCGCUCCUGCAGCAUGGAGUCAUUAUACGAAUCCAUGGCAGAAUUUAGAUUAAAACUCAGUGAACAAAUGGAAGCUGACAUUGAAGUUGCUGAGGCUACCAGCGGCACCCUGAUGAGGUCCAUCGAUCAGGUCUACGCCAGGCUGAAGACACAAGUUUACCCUCUACCUUCCUUUUCAGAAAAGAGGGCCUCUAAAGACAGGGAGGAGAAACGUCAGUCUUCAGAUUUCAGCAGCAGCUCCAGUGGCGCCAUGUCCCCUGUGGACACACUGGAGAGACAGGUGUACUCCCCAGACAAACACAGCUCAACUGAGAGUCUUGAUGAAGUCAUCCCAGGGGAGAGACAGUUCAGGGUGAAGCUGAUAGACCUGAAAAACCACCUGACAUUGACAGAAGUGGAUGGGAAACCAAGCGUGUCUAACUGGACAGGACAACCGCAGUCAGUGUGCCUCUUUCACAAAGGUGAUGAAAUCGUGGCGAUAAACGACCUGCACACCGGCAGCGUGGACGAGUUCAACACGUUCCUCAACAAGUCGAUCAAGAAGGAGGUGAAGAUGACCAUCGUGCGCCUGCGUGGAUGCCAGCCUUUGCAUCUGCCCAACUGCCCCUGCAGCGACUGAGACAUUCCUCUGCACCUGCCCACCUCUGCAAUGGGCUUUGUAAAAUAAUGUAUGCAACUACUGCCAGUAUUUCCCAAAAGCUGCAGACACUUUUCACCGAUCUGUCCCCCUGCCUUGUUUACCUGCUAGUCUUUAAGAGGUUAAAGUGAAGAACAGCGCAAAACAGAUCAAUAAGCUCUCUUUGCCAAAUGCUUGGUGUUUUAUUUCUUUAUUCAGUGUGAUCUUACUACUGCAUCAUGUUGGCGUAGAAGGAAGUAAAAGAGAAAUUCCCUCAUAGCAUUGGCAUGGUACUUUGUGCAAUGCCAGUUUCAUGAUGUAAGCACCUGCACUUGAGACAAAGCCUUUCAGGUUACACCACAUAAGCCAAGGUGCUGGAAAAAGAUGCAAAUGUUUGCAGUGUUUCAGCUGAAUGUGAACCAAGUUGGAUUUACGACCAUAGAUCUUGAUCCCUUUAAGAGGGCUAUCUUUAGAAAUCUGCCCAUUCAUAGAUGGGAGGAAACUCCAGCAGUCAGUGUUUAGUGACAAACGUCAUUCCUGAGAGAGGAUGACUCAUCCCCAUACCUCUCAGUUUGUCUAGCCUGUGAUGAAAAGCCUUUUUUCACACCUCGAACCCAUGGAGGGCACAAAACACCAUGUUGGUGGCGGUUGGUAGGCAUUUAAUUUGAAUAGAAAGACUGACAAAUGUAGUGUUUUAUUUGCAAGUGAGAAGCAGUUAUUUGUACGUGGUGGAGGAGUAAGUGAAGUGAACAGAGAGACCGGUAUCUCAUGUCGUCCUCCCCCCUGGGGGACUUUAAAGGGGAGACAGAAUGGUGUCACGCCUGGGGAUGCAUUUCACAUGCAUCCAGCUCAUGUAAAACAGGGAAAAGGACUCACUUUGCUGAAGAUGUACUGAGAUAAAGUAGGAGCAUGACAUAAAAAAAUUAAAAGUCACGUCUGGCUGCAGGAGGAAAGCUAGAAUCAAAUGGAGACUAUCUACAAAGUCUUUCCACUUGAAUCAGAUUUAAAAUGAGUUUAAAAAUACCCUUCCUGCUGUCUGCAGAGGUCAGGGACGAAGCUUAAUUCCAACAUCAGAUAUGAUCAGACAUGAGAGCCUCAGUAAUGGUAGUGUUUUAAGUUUUAAUGGAGUCUCUAAAACCGACAGAUAAACUCAACUGUGAUGUUCAAGCUUUUCUGUUUAUCAUUCUGUAUUUAAUGAAUUCUGGUUGUGGAAUCUGUGUUUUACAUCAAGAUGAUUAUGAAUAAAUUUUACUACUAAUGUCA